CUUCCUGUCGGGAACAUGGCGGCCUCAGGAGCCGGCUCUCCGGCUCGGCUGGUCCAGUACGUGGUGGUCCGCUCGGACCUGGUCCACGUUCUGUCCUGGCCCCUGGGGGCUGUCAUCACGCAGGCGUGUCACGCAGCCACGGCCGCGCUGCACUUGUUCCGGUCGGACUCAGAAACGAGCCGGUACCUGGAGGAGCUGGACUCCAUGCACAAGGUGGUGCUGGGGGUUCCAGACGCGGCGGCCCUCACAGCUCUGUCAGAGACCCUCACUCAGGCCGGUGUUUCCCACAAGUUGUGGAUGGAGCAGCCGGAGAACAUCCCCACGUGUCUGGCUCUGAAGCCGUAUCCCAAAGAGACGGUGCAGCCGCUGCUGCGCAAGCUCAAACUCUUCAAGUAACCUGAAGACUCUUCCUCUCACUGCAGAGCCUCCUCUUCAUCAAACCUGUUUACUCUUCCUCUCACCAGAGGCCUCAGAGCCUCCUCUUCAUCAAACCUGUUUACUCUUCCUCUCACUGCAGCCUCAGAGCCUCCUCUUCAUCAAACCUGUUUCCUCUUCCUCUCACCAGAGGCCUCAGAGCCUCCUCUUCAUCAAACCUGUUUACAACAUGACCUGAGGGCGUCACAUAGUUCCUCUGCAUGAGAACUGCUGUAAUACACAAUAUUAAAAUAAGGGAAAAUGCAAAA